UUUCCAUGAAAAAUAAAUGUAAUCAAACACAACCUUAUUGAUUUCCUUUUUAAUUGAAAAUCUUGCUAUGAGGUUCCUUGCUUUUUCAUCUCCGUCUAAAGGAGAUGGGUGAUGUUGAAGGUAUUUCCUUUUUCAUUUUCAUUAUAAGUAUACAUUUGUGGAAUUUACUAAUUGAUUUCUUUUUUAAUUGAAAAUCUUGCCCUUGAGUUCCCUUCUUUUUCAUCUCCAUUUAAAUUGUGUCUUUAGUCUCAAUGGUAGCAGGCUGUUGCCUCUGCAGACGUAUGCAGGCGAUUGCCCCCAUUUCAUUUGGACAAUGUUGUUUAAGUUUAAAGUCGAUUAAGGUACAAUCACCCCAAGAAAGGAAUGAGGCAUUUUUGUACUUUUUGUUCCAUCAUUUCCGGAUGAUGUGGCUAUGGCUCUUCCUGAAGAGGAGUUUGGACAACAAUGGGAUUUUACUCAAUGAGACAAACUAUGAUAUGUGGUCCCAAAUCAUGGAAAUGCAUAUUGCAGAAAAGGAGAAACUCUCCUUCAUUCGUGGAAAUUCACAGGUACCUACAGAGAAAGAUGAUGGAUACGAGAAGUCGUAUGCGGAACAUCCUUGAUGUAUGCUGUGAAGUAUAGAGGGCGAUUGUGCUUCAUAUCACCCAAGAGUAGGUCUUCUUUAGUGAAUAAUCAAAAGGUCAAGAGAUAGUUGUUGAUGUCUAUGUCUCCAGAAAUUAUGAAGCGAUAUCUUCGUUCGUGAUAUUUGGAAAGCUCUCUCUAAAGCCUUUUAUGAUGGAACGGAUGAGUUGCAAGUUUUUGCCUUGAAUCAAAAAGCUUUCUCUGCCAAACAAAGAGGCAGAGCACUUUCAGUGUAUUAUGGAGAAUUGACUGAAAUUUUUGGCGAGUUGGAUCAUCGUGAUAAGGUGAUCAUGGAGUGUGAGAAAGAUGUUGAAUCUUAUCGAAAACUAGUCCAGCAGCAAAGGGUACAUAUCUUUCUUGCAGGAUUAGUUAGUGAUUUUGAACAAAUUCAUGGUGAAAUUUUGAGGAAGGAACCGAUCCCUGAACUAGAAGAAUGUUACGCAUUGAUCCGUCGUGAGUCCAUUUGAUGUACAAUGAUGAAUAGAGAACCUGAAAACUUUGAAACUUCAGCCAUGGUGGCCCAAAAUCGUUCUUUCAAAAACCAGCAAACAGGGUCGAGCCAUCAGAAGAAUAAUGCCGACAAAUUUGCUUAUAAAUGCACUCGCUGUAAUCAAACUUGUCAUACCGAAACUAGAUGCUUUGAACUUGUGGGGUAUCCAGAAUGAUGGGAUCAUAGCCGCGAUCCAUGAAAGAGGAAUUCCAAGAAAUCCUCUACUGCUGCAGUUGUUGAAACACAAGUAGUGGAUGAUAUUGCUGGCAAGGCCUCGACAUUGGCAGUAGCAGGAAAUGAUGG